UCUUGAGUUGGUUAUGCAUAUUCAUGUGAUGAGGCCAGCAUCUCUCUCCAAUGAUUACAGGCGGUUAACGUCAACAACCCUCAUCGAAUAUUUACAAUACAGAAGUUACCACCAAUCCAAAGAAAGGAUAGGCGGGUGCUAGACAGGCCGCCGUGCCGCUUUGUGAACAACGACUCCCUUGGGCGGAGAGACAGUUUAUAAUCUUUGAUGAAAUUGACCAGAUACUAUAGCGGCCGCUCUAACAAUGAACAUAAUGUAAGACAGUUGGGAGGAGGCAAGAUCAGGUGGGACCAUUCUAGCCAAUGAGAGGGCAGAUACGCAGGACCACGACGGUUUCCACUAGUUACCACAGCCACAAAGUAGAAAAAUGACUCGUUAAAUUUCACGAAAACAAAAAUUAGUUUUGUGGUCUUCUUAUAAGGUUAGGGUCAUGCAUAACGUUAGCAUUGUGUUUGAGGUUAGGUUUAAGAUCACAUUUUAAGAAAAUAAAUUGUAACUACGCCACACGUAUUAAAUAAGCCAUUACAUGUUUUGUUAACCAAAUUCGACAAUCGCAUUGACAAAUUGAUCUCCAUGCAAACUGGACCUCCACGCAGUUAUCCCUCACGUUUCGCCUCUUCCUAUCUGGCAUAAAUAAACAUGUGAGCGUGGAGGUCCAGUUUGCGAAUUCAUCCUCGUGGCAAUAUUGGGAAAAAAACUAAAACAAUAACUUACAAACAUAAUUUUUCUUUGCUGAUUGUAAUAAUUUUGGAAAGGAAUGAAUGGAUGGCAUAUGACCCACUGAAAGAAUAAACCAAGGACAUGGUUCCCGCCCACCAGCCUAAAGCAAUGGAGAGAGAAAGGAAAGGGGGAGAAUGGUGCAGAUCGCUUAGCAACGUGGACGCUUGGUGCUCAACCGGAUACGAGCACAGGACUUCAGUCGAAGAGCUGAAGGAUUUUACAACAUCAUCUAGCUAAAACAAUAUCUCAAAACUUGAGCGAUGGAGAGAAUAUGUCUUGACAAGACUGCAUCUAAGGCAGUGGACAACUUUCUGGAGUACAGGAGGAUCGUGGGUGAAGACGAUGGCGGCAGACUAUUCUCCCCAGAGGAAUAUGAAGAGUACAAGAGAACAGUGUUACCCCAGAGACUACACAACAGGCUGUAUGUGAGCUUUGGAGUGCCAGGGGGAAUAGACUGUAAACUCAUCGGCCCAGAGACACCUUGCUUCUGCACACACAGGUACAAACAGCAUCAGACAGACUUUGAGGAGGUUCCUUUGGAGCGCCCGAUAGCACUUCCAUGCCGGGUUCAAGGGUGUCGGUGUUUGGCCUUUCAGUACGUGCACCUGAAUGGGUCGCAGCCUGUACGCUGCAGGUGCAAACACUCUGCCUACGACCACAGUGAGACCUCAGAACACCUCUGUGGGAAAUGCUCAUCCUGCUCUGGGUUCCGGAGCCCCUACAGCUGUGGGUGUGGCCAGCCUAGCUCCGCCCACCAGACGCGGGUGGAGACGAAGGCAGAACGGGAGGCCCGCGGUCGUCCAGUAGGCAGAGACGUUCCAUACGCAGCCAUGGGGGGUCUGACAGGGUUCAGCUCCCUGGCUGACGGGUACCUGAGACUGGACGAUAGCGGGGCAGGUGCCCCUCACCUGUCUGUUCUGUCGUCUCAACAACCAAGAGCUUUCCAGGAGCAUGUGUUUGAGAAAGCCUCAGGACCAGCAGCAGCCUCAGGACCUACAGAGGAGAGUUCAGUGACGUCCGUGACCAGGGCUCUGUCUGACAUCAGCACCAGAGAGGAAGAAGACAUGGCGUACUUGGAGAGACGCUACCAGGAGAGGAUGAAGGCUGAGAAAAUGGCAGUCAAACAGAAGGCAUCAUCAUCAAGAGGAAGACCAUCCACCAAACCAGCUAGCCUAUCAUCCACCAAACCAACCACCUCCCUAUGCAGUAAGCAACCUACCAAACAGCCUACCAAAUAAUUUACCAAACUGGAGAAGAUGACGAACAGUUAACUAACACACUUAGUUUAAUGCGGUAUUCCAUUCCACACAGAUAAUGAUAUAAUUGCACUAUGGAUAAUAGAUAAUCAAACAGUCUCACCUGGGAAAAUGAUCAUUAGAUCAUAAACACCAAAGCUUUUGUGAUGUUUCCAAGAUCAAUUGACAAUAAAUGUUCAAAUCCA